ACUACCCGGCGGCGGCGCGUGAAGGAUGUGGCGGAGGCUGUAGCCGAGGGAGCCCCGAACUCCGGGCAGCGCCUCCCGCGGCUGCUCCCAAGCUCCUGGAACCGGCUCUGGGGAGCUGGCAGCGGGCCCCGCGCCGGCCGCCGCUAGCGCUCUCCCGCCUUCGGGCGUGAAUCUGAUCCCUCCCUUUCUCCCCCAGCGCGCGGUCCCCUCAGCACGCGCCCCGCACCCAACGUCCUCCAGCCCUCAGACUCGCGGCACCUGCUCUCAUUCCCUGCCUGGUACCUGCCCCGGCCACACCGGCCCGGCUCUCUGGUGCCCUGUGUGUCUUGCUCUGGAUCUGAAGAUCCGAGUUCAAAGAGUCUCGGAGAGUGAGUGUGAAAUAUAAUGGCUUCGUCGUCUGGAAACGACGACGACCUCACCAUCCCUAGAGCUGCUAUUAACAAGAUGAUCAAAGAAACUCUCCCCAAUGUCCGGGUGGCUAAUGAUGCCCGGGAGCUGGUGGUGAACUGCUGCACUGAAUUCAUCCACCUCAUCUCCUCGGAGGCCAAUGAGAUCUGUAACAAGUCUGAGAAGAAAACCAUCUCCCCAGAGCAUGUCAUACAAGCACUAGAAAGUUUGGGUUUUGGCUCCUAUAUCAGUGAGGUAAAAGAAGUCUUACAAGAGUGCAAAACAGUAGCACUAAAAAGAAGAAAGGCCAGUUCUCGUUUGGAAAAUCUUGGCAUUCCUGAAGAAGAACUUCUAAGGCAGCAACAGGAGUUAUUUGCAAAAGCUAGGCAGCAGCAAGCAGAACUGGCCCAGCAGGAAUGGCUACAGAUGCAACAAGCGGCCCAACAAGCACAGCUUGCUGCUGCGUCAGCCACUGCAUCCAAUCAGGCAGGAUCUUCUCAGGAUGAAGAUGAUGAAGAUGAUAUCUGAAAUUCACCAGCUGAGUUUCUGUUCCCACUGAGAAAUAUCUUUCCUGCACAAUGAAAACAGUGAAAUGAAUGCUUACCUGUAAUUUUGUAUGCAUCUUGGACUGGCCAUGGUAUUCUAGGGAUAUCUGCUGUUGUGUGCUGUACAUGUAAAAACUGUCUUUUUUUGAACUCUUAAAGAUUUAAGGUUCAAUAUCAUAUCAACUUUGGAUUUUUAAUGGUGUAUAUGGAAAUUUUAGAUAGCAGUGCGUCAUUGAUUUGAUCAAUAAACAGUGUUAAAAUAAACAACAAGUUUAUAAAAUAGUGAGAUUUAUACAGAAGCUCUAAAUCCACAUUUGCAUUUCUCUUCCCUUUUAACUAAACUAUAAACUCUUACAUAGAGAAUUUUUAAUUGUUUUUCUUUUUUGCGGGGUGGGAGUGGUUCAGUAGACACUUAAUCUGCAUAAUGGAAAAAAACAAAGAGGUCAGCAUAGUAAAGUCUGAAUUCUUUGUCCUUUUAAAAAUGAGGAUAUAUAUAUAUGGCAAUAAAUAUUAUAUGUGCUCAAAUACCACAUUUGUUACAAAUUUGAAAAGAUACAUUUUCACUAAACUAGGAAAAGGUAUGUUUAAUAGGAGUUGUAGAAAUUCUGUCAUUUUUUUUUGUAUAGGGGUGAAAUAAUAAACCCAUGAUUUUAUUAUGAUAUCUAUGAAGAGUCCUGAACCAAUGGAUAUUUCAUUUCAAAGACUGACCAGUGUAGAGAACUAAUAAAUUCUUAUUAUUUCACUCCAAUUUAAUGUUAACUGUUAUUGAUGGUAUUACUUGCAUAGUCCAGACAUGUUCAUAUUGUUCACAUGUAAAGCUGGAACUUGGUGAAACAGAAUUGUGUUAGUUCCAUUGACUUAACUGGGAAUUAUUAAAUGUUCAAGCCUACAAAGGCAAAAGUUGAAGCUAAUGAACAUGGUUUCAGUAAAAGAGGGAUUUUUAUUUAACCCUGAUUAGUUAGUUAUUGUUGUCAGCAUAAUGUUAACAUUUUCCAGACUAGGUUACCAAUGGAUUCCUCAGCUACCUUGUGAAACAAUAACAUUUUCUUCAUUCAAACAGGUUAGUAGGUGCAAAUGAUUCUGUCCAAGUUCAGUUAGGAAAGUAUGCCCCAAGAGUAAUCCGCAUGAUAAGGAUCAGGAAAGAGAAAGGAGUCUCUUUGACAGGUUGACUUUGAAAAUUCUGAUUAUAUAAAUGGAUGGGCAGCUGUUCUUUGUGUAGAAAUAGACCACAGUUGUGUCCGUUAUAGAAUUUUAACGUUGAAUGAAGAAAUGUUGGCCUAUGUUCUGGUACUCUUGUUUCCAGCAGAAUGGAAAAGCCACUUGCAUACUAGUGCAGACGAUCAGAUCAGAUAGCUGUGUAAGAAUGCACUCUCUUUUCUUUUAGUAUGCUCUUGACAAGUUUCUCUAGUAAAAAUUUUUGACUAAAAGCUGUGGGUGCCGCAAUCUGUUUACACAGCGAAAUAAACAGAAAACUGUGUGCCCAUUUUAAGUAGAGAUCUGAACAAGUACAGUUGGCAUAUAUUCAGAUCUGCAAGGAUCGCCAGGGGCUUUUGAUUUCAAUUUUAGAGUCGCUCGGUUACUUAUUGAAUAAACUUGCACAUUUUCUAAAUGCAUCCAUGCAGUGAUGGCUCAAAAAGUAAAGAUUAGUUUGUUGAAUGUUAAGUUGAAAAACUUCCAUGACACAUGUUGGACAAGAUUUGACUAAGGAGGUGGUUUUCUGUAAAGACUUAAGUACCAAAGGUAGUAAAUCUAGUCUAGUGAAACAAUGUUAAUGUGCAGUGUUGGCUUUUCUAAUUUGUACUGUAACACCUUACACUUUCUAUUUUAAAUGAGUCUUUUUCUUUUAAGUAAACAAAAUUAGGUAUUUCACACUUGUUUUUUCUGAUGCAGAAUUCAGGUUAACAUUUUACUGCAUCUGGUAUGUAUGGGAUAGUAUGUUUGGUUCCUUGUGACCUUUUCUUUGGACGUUCCUGUGCUUUUUUCAUAUGCUGUAUUCUUCAAGCAAUAAAAUUCUGAUGUGUUUUUUAAAUGGUUUUUAUAUUUAAUGUUGAAUAGUCACUUUUCUUCACUGCUUUUGCAAUGUUAUAAGGAAGAAAUUUAAGGUUAUUUAAGCACUGCUGCCAUUUUGAUGGUGAGCAAUUUUUGCGACAAAGAUAAUGCUACCCAAAAUCUGCUGUAUGAUAUUCCUGCUCAGUUGGGCUAAUUAUAUACUUGCAAACAGUAUCUCUGUUUGAUCAUAUUGACUCUCCUUCCAGGAAGUAUAUUUUCUCUAUUUGCAAUAUUUGCAUUUUUGUAAAGUGAACAGGUUCACUUGUUUAAAAAUGGCAAUUCCAGCUUUUCAGUGCUAAAGGGACAGUCAAAACCUCUAGGGUCAGGUACACAUUACAUUAUUACAUCUUUUAGAAUUUUAUGGUGAGAAGAAAUUUUUAUUGUGAAUUUUUUAAUUUGAACAAGCUAGCCAUUAUUUUUGUAGGACUUACUGCAUUUAUGUCUUGCCUUCUUCUCCUGGGUGGCAAAGACAAAGCUAGUUCUAGAGCUGUGAUACUACUGAUGCUGGUACACAAAUAAUAAAUAGGCAUAAGAUAUUAUAAAUUUAAGUUUGGUGAGUAAAUCAGAUGUCACUACUUAGUCUUUAUUUGAAAUAGAUGUGUCAGGAAAUCAGUGCAGUCAUGGUGGGAAAAGAAAAGGUGAAAAGAAUACUGCAAAUAAGUUACAUUACAAAAAUUAGUUGUUCUUUUUAAGCUUAUCAUCAAAUAUAAAUCUUGAAUGUUCCAUAGGCAACUUUUCAUUCUCUCAUGUCAGAAUUAGGCUCUCUAUUCAGUAUCCAAAAUACAGUACAGGAAGAGUGAAACUUGAAAUUAACUUCAGUACCAAAUGUGAGGCUUUGACACUUUCUCAAGGUAAUACUUAUAAGAAACCAGUAGAAAGAGGGAGCAGAGUUAUUUGCUACCUAGUCACUUGUCAUAUGUAUAGCAGAUUCUUUUCAAGCUUGGCAUAGCAUUAAACUGACACAGUGUAUAUCAGCAGAAGACAUUCAUUGCUGAGUAACACUUUCAAUUCAAGGCUGUUAUGGAAUUUGAGUAAAGCUCUGUUUUCUGUCACUUCAAUGGAAUGUGUAUGCAUGAUGUUUUACAUGGUGAAUAAAGUAGUUCCUUUUAAUACUGCUUUUCUGGGAUAAAAUGAACAGUGAAUUUUUAAAAAAACAAAAAACUUAAGCUGGAAUCCCCCUUAAAAGUAUAUUUGAAUGUCUCGUAUUCGUACAGGUUUGUUGUUAAUAGGUUAAAAAAAAAUCACAUUUCUAGGUAUGGAGAAAGCUCAAGUGGUAGAUGGUGCAUGUCAGAUUUUGUAAAAGUGCCUUCAUUAAAGAUUCUUCUAUAUG